CACAUCGCUAAUCGAUAUCAAGAGAUGCCAUUUGUCCGAGGCCUGAAGCAAAACAGAUAAAUUUGCCCGCAAAUAUGGACAUCGGCGAGCUGCUGGCGUUUAAGCCAGAACAGACGCCAAAGCGUCCGCACGAGGACGAGGACGAGGACUUCGAUUUGGAGAGCUCGCACGGAAAACGGGGCGGUGGCGGCGAUGAGAAAACCAAACGCAUGCGGCGCAUAGCCGAAGCCAAGGAGUCAGCACACUAUGGCAAACAAAGUGGAGGAACUUCCAGUUCCGCCGGCACCUCCGCAUUCGAAUUUGAUCCAGAGCUUACGGAGGAAGAGCGCCUUAACAUCUUGAAAUACGUAGAAAACGAAGAGGCCGAUGGCGAUGUUUUGGAUGAGCAAAGCCUUAAGAAACUGAUACUGGUGUUUGAAAAACGCAAUCUGAAGAACCAGGAGAUGCGAAUCAAGUUCGCCGACAGUCCUGAAAAGUUUAUGGACUCAGAGGUGGAACUGCACACAGUAAUCCAGGAACUCAAGGGCGUGGCCACAGUUCCUGAUUUAUAUCCCCUUCUCGUAGACCUUCAUGGCUUGCACAGUUUGCUGGAACUUCUGGCCCAUCAAAACACAGACAUUGCUGUGGCCGUAGUAGAUCUUCUGCAGGAAGUCACAGAUGUGGAUAUCCUAGGCGAGAGUCAGGAGGGUGCCGAAUCCUUGAUAGAAGCCCUGAGAAAAGAGCAAAUCUUUGCCCUUCUAGUUCAAAAUCUGGAGCGACUUAACGAGCAGGUUAAGGAAGAAGCUGAUGGCGUUCAUAAUACUUUGGCAAUAGUUGAGAACCUCACAGAAAUCGAUUCAGAAUUCGUCAAGGAAGCUGCUGAACAGGGAUUACUCGCCUGGCUGCUAAAACGCCUGCGCGGCAAAUCCCCCUUCGAUCCAAACAAGCUGUACUGCAGCGAGAUACUUUCCAUCCUCAUACAAACCGAGAAUGAUAACCGAUUACUGCUGGGUUCUUUGGAUGGUGUCGAUGUGCUCCUGCAACAGCUGGCUGUCUACAAACGUCAUGAUCCCGCCAGCAACGAGGAGCAGGAGUACAUGCAGAACCUAUUCAACUGCCUCUGUUCCGCUUUAAUGGCCCGUGAGAAUCGCGAUCGUUUCCUCAGUGGUGAGGGCCUCCAGCUAAUGAACCUUAUGCUGCGUGAGAAGAAAAUGUCCAGAAAUGGUUCGCUUAAGGUUUUGGAUCAUGCCAUGGCCGGCCAGGAUGGAAGAGACAAUUGCAACAAGUUCGUCGAGAUCCUCGGUCUACGCACCAUCUUUCCACUAUUCAUGAAAACCCCUAAGCGCAAUAAGCAACGUUUGAUCUCCGCUGAUGAGCACGAGGAGCAUGUGACCUCCGUUAUUGCCUCAAUGCUGCGAAACUGUAAAGGCACCCACCGCCAGCGAAUGUUGGCCAAGUUCACCGAGAAUGAUCAUGAGAAGGUGGAUCGACUGUUGGAGCUGCACCUCAAGUAUCUGGCCAAGGUGGAGGCCAUAGACAAGGAAAUUGAUCAGCAGACAAAGGAUCCCAGUAUCGAUGAGGACGAGGAGGCGGAGAACAACUACAUAAAGCGGCUGACCGGCGGGCUGUUCACGCUGCAGCGCAUUGACUACAUCCUGUUGGAGGUCAGUGCCACCGGCGAUACUGUCAAGCAGCGUGUUCUACAGAUCCUUAACUUGCGUGGAGCAUCCAUGAAGACCAUUCGAAGCAUCAUGAGGGAGUACGCUGGCAACCUGGGCGAUGGAGACACUGACUGGCGGGAACAGGAGCAGACUCACAUACUAUCUCUAGUCGAUCGUUUCUAAGGCUCACCACACACACAAUAAACAAAACUGAAA